AUGCGAACGUACGGCAAGAACUUCCUGUUCAAGAAGACUGCGUCUUACAAGGAACGCCAAGUGCGCUUGGCUACCGAAUGGGACAUCCGACUUGAUGCUAGUGCUACCCUUAGUGCACAGAACAUCAUCAACAACAUCGUGUUGGCACUGGAUGACAUCCAGUACGUCUUCGUUAGUGGAGUUGAGUCUCCAAACAAGCGGGAACAUCAACACACUAAUCGCAAGUUAGGUUGGAGUGAUGAGAAUCAUGUUCACAUCGCGCUAGUUCUGCUUGCUCCCAAGCAACGCACUGAUGUGCUCAAGUUGUUGUGCGGACCGCGCAAGCAUGGUGACGAGUACGCCGCUCCAAGGAACGGCAAGUUCUCCUACGCAGGAUGGAUCAUUCACCACGCCAAGCCUUCGUAG